AUGUCGGACGGAUCACAGACCUUGCCGCCGCCCGAGGUCAAGAAACCUUACCAAGAAGCAGAGGCUCCCUUGGACGAGGGCGGCGCCAAAAAUGCUCGACGUCGUGAGCAAGUCAGGCGCGCUCAAAGAACACAUCGAGAUCGUAAGGCUACCUAUGUGAAGACACUCGAAUCUGAAGUAGCCAAGUUACGCGCGAAAGACUCGGCGCAUGAAGCGCACCUUCUAGCGUAUCGCGCACUGAUUCGCGGACUGAAGGAUCUGAUCAAGCAAUACAACAUCACAUUGCCGCAUGAUUUGGCAUCGGAUCCUCUCAUCUCCAGUCCAGAGGCCACUGUAGAGAUUUUCGAUCUGGCGGACCGAUCGCAAAGCAUUCGUGCCUAUUUCCCCGAUGGUUAUCUUUCAUCUUCGAAUCCCACCGCCACCGCCACCGCCCCUCCCUUUAUAUCACCCACCAGCGCCGGCGCCGCCAUCACAACCGCCUCGAUGCCAUUUCCUGCGGGAUCAACCUCUUCUAGCGAUUUCCUACUCACCGGCCUGACUAUAUCAGAUGCACCCAGCCUCAGCCAGGACCACAGUUCACAGUCUGGAGUGAGUGUCACCAUGCCUGUUUUCCACCCUCAAGGCCUCGGAGCCACUCAAGUCGGAAUCGACUUUGUGCUGGCCCUGGAAUACGUCUGCCUCAAGCAUCACGCGUCACAUUUCGAUGACGCCGACGGCAGUGGGCACGAGAUGAUGCUGUUGAGCCCCAUCAUGUGUCGGUCGCCUCCUCUGGAUGUGUCCUUGCAGCCGGGUUCAGGCCUUGCCAGCGGCGCCAAGUGGACGGUGCCAGCUGUCGAGCUGGAGAAAUUGUUGGAGUUUUCCGAUCGGCUCAACCUCAGUGGCGAGCUCACCCCCGUCGAGAUCUGGCAGCGAGUACGACAGCACCCAAAUUUCAGCCUCCUCACAAGAGAUACGUUGGAAAUCCUCAAGCUAACCUUGGUUCCGGAGGUGAAGUGCUACGGGUAG